AUGGCCACGAACGUUUCCAGCGACCUGAUCUGGCAGAUCACCCGCACCCAGAAUGCUUAUCUGGUCAAGCGUAACAGCGGUGGUGGCUCCCAGUUCUCCCGCGACCCUCUGAACCUGCAGAACAAGCACUCGUUCAAGUACGCUGGAUACGCCAACACCAAGGCCGUCGGUGUGCAGGCCACUGAGAACGGUGGUGUUGCCGUCCUCUCCAAGAAGCCCGGCAACCCCCAGCAGCCCGCCAAGAACCUGGUCACCGUGACCUACGGUCCUAGCACCGGCACCCGCAAGAUCUACAAGGGUGUCGCCGACAAGACCGCUAAGAACGGCUACCGCGCUGAUCUCCGGGAGGAUGCUGUUGCUCGCGUGAGCGCCGUCCGCCGCUCCCAGAAGGUCAAGAAGGCCACCCCCGCCCGGAAGCCCCGUGGUGCCCAGGCCCGCAAGGCCGCGGAGAAGGACUCGGAGUAA